CCAACGCCGAUGAGGGCACAGGUCAGAGCGGCAAGCGAUCGACGAGGAACACAACGCGCGCGUUUACGCACCAGCGACAAGCAACUGCCCGCUCGAAUAGGAUGUCUGUUCGCCAUCGUGCCGCCAUGAUCUGGCUGCUGCUGACAUUCCUCGGAGCAGUGGCUUCCGGGCAAAACUUCACAUCGACGAGUCCUCCGGUCUACAACGAAACGGCGACACUACCGCGCAAACUUGACAGCGCCUUCGAGGUGCCUUCGAGCUCCUAUUCACCAACUGCAACUGCCCAAGCCAAGACAGUGACAGCAGUGCAUCCUUCAAAAAGCAGCCAAUUCGUAAAGCUUACCAAGCCUCCCGCUAUGGCCACGACUACGCGGCAUACCGUCACCCAGCAGGCUACAGAGACAGCGCUCCCGGGAACAUUUGUGAUGCCGUCAGUUGAUGGCCUGAUGGGAGGCGGAAUUCGUUCUUCAAUGGAAAGCAAGGCAACUACAGUCGAAGACCGCACUGUUCACACGCCCGCACUAGCGUACGAAGACUCUUUCACGGAUGACACGCACAAACCUAGCACUACCACUACAACGCCCGCUCAGUCAUCGACAGACUCGCAUACGAGCGUGACUGAAGGCUUCUCCGCGACCAUGACUUCGACAGCCGCCGCUUCAACAACCAGUACCGGGCCUCAGCAGGAAGAUGACAUCUCGUACCUCGCAAGCCUCUUUCCGGACCUGGACCUCUUCGAAGACUCCACGCCUGAGGGCGUCGCUUCAACGCUCCCCUCGGUGCCAACGACGGCGCCAGCCGCGGACUCAUCCACAAUCCAAAAGCCGAGCGGCUACAACAUGAGCCGGGAACGUUACUGCAUCGCGGCCAGGUACUGCUACAUGGAGCUGAACGAACGCUGCGUCAUGCGGCACAUGAAGAGCGUGUGCGGCUGUGGUCGAGCCUUCUACAGGAACCCGGAAACGCUCGUUUGCGAACGGAAGCUGCCGCUGCUCGUCUCUCUGGAGCUUCCGGAACACUCGUACGUGCAGGAAGUCGCCGACAAGAAGACCCUCGAGUUCAAGGCGUACGAGUCGGCCGCCCAGCACUUGAUUUGGGGUCUGGUGAAAAGCUCCAAAGUCCUCUCCGGCACAGUCAUAGACAUCGAAAUCACGGGCUUCCGACCUGGGCUCUUGGUGCGCAGUAGGCUCGUCGUCAUGUUGUCCCUGGUACACAAGCUCGCCGGCAAUGUGUCUGGAGCCGUAGACGAGGAGAUUCGGAAGUCCAUCGCGGGGCACAACUCGUCCGGGCUCUUCCUGCGGACCGGAAACAUGAGGACUGUGGCCGCUGACGUAGCCGUUAACCCGUGCGAGGACCGCGACUCUAACUACUGUAGCCCUUACGCCAUCUGUACUUACCGGAAGCAGGACUACGGCAUGAGCUGCCGCUGUCUACCUGGCUACGAGGACGUGUCUCCAGACACCGGACACCAUCCCGGAGAACUCUGCUUUUCCAUAUGCGAGCCCGGUCACUGCCAGAACAACGGCACGUGCAAGAGCUUCGGUUUUGGAAUAGAGUGCGAGUGUCGAGACUGGUACGUCGGAAAUCGAUGCCAAUUCCAAAUGAAGCGAAUAAUAGUGAUCAUGGUGGUUGUAGCAGCGGUGCUCCUCACGGCUGUAGGAGUUACAUUUCACAAGUACUGGAAGAAAGGGCGCCUCCAGAGCUGCAACAACCAGGUGUGCCGCAUGUUAAUCAUGGAACCUGCCAAGAGGAGCUCGACCAAAAGACAGUUCAACACCAAGCUGUCCCACAGUGCUCGGCAACCACCCAGCGCCGGCAUUCACCGACGCGCUAACGUCUGCGUCUCGCCCGGCAGCGCAAGCCUGCACUCUGCCUUCUCCAAGAGUCUCGAGGACGGACUGUCGCAAGUGGCCGUGUCCGUCAUCUCCAAGUGAUGCGAGGCCUCGUACGCGCACUUCCAGGAGUGCAUAUACGCAGAAACACUUCUUUUUAGAUAUCUAACUCUUUCUCACAUUUAUUUUAAAGCAACCGCCGCGGUUUUUAAGGCACUAACUUAAUCAGACCUGCGUCGGCCACUCCGACCCUGCAGAAGGUCUCAUAUUUUUGGUUCUGCGCGUGUCGUUGCGCAGCGAAAUAAAGUGUACCGAUUGUGAACGUG